CAGCAACCGCCCCAACAACAGGUCCACCAACAGCAACAGCCUCCCCCUCAACAGGUACACCAACAGCAACCUCCACCCCCUCAACAGGUCCACCAACAGCAACAAGUUCCCCCACAGCAGGUAAACCAACAACAAGCACCACCUCCACAGCAGGUCCAUCAACAGCAGCAACCUCCCCCUCAACAGGUAAACCAACAACAAGCACCACCUCCACAGCAGGUCCAUCAACAGCAGCAACCUCCCCCUCAACAGGGAAUGCAUCAACAGCCACCACCUGCUCAACAAGCCCCACAAUCUCAAAACUUUGGCGGAGAACAAGCAAGAGAUGAACAUCACAUCAAGGAGCAUCUUGAUGGGAAGGUUGAUCCGACUGCAAAUAUGACGCCAGAACAACUACAGUUCCACUACUUCAACAUGCACGAUCUCGACAAGAAUGGAAAGUUGGAUGGCAUCGAACUGAUCAAAGCAAUCACUCAUUUCCAUACAGAGAAUCCUGGUCCUCGACACCAAAAUCCUAAUCAACUCCCACCGCUACCAACCGAAGUGGAAUUGGAAUCGAUGAUUGAUGCUAUACUAAAGUACGUUUACUUUGGAGAAGUCCAUGCAAUACUUCAGUAUAUCGGCGCAUUUUAG